AUCACACUCGUUUAUGUAUUGCGAAGACGUGAAGACGUAGCGAAGGCCGCGACGCUUGAAUUUUCGCGCACAAUACAAGCACUUGAAGAAAGCAUACAUGCAUAUGCACACACCUAAUUGCGAUUAGAAAUUCAUUUAAAACGUUGCUUAUAAAAAUUUAUUUACGAAAUUUUUAAGCAAACAUCAAUGUGUAGUGCAAACAGAAAUAAUUAACGAAAGUAGGGAAAAUGAAAAAAUUAAACGAAGAAAAUAUGGAAAGAGUGCAAAGCAAAUAAACGUGUGAGUGAAUGUGGUGUGAAACUGUGGGGAAGGCCCCUAUACAAGACGAAAUUAUCUGAUAUUUUUGCGGAAGAAAAAUUGUUUAAGUGAGGUUCGAUAGGUGAACUAAUGCCUAAAAACAUUUUGCAUUCACAAAUAAGAAAUAUUAAAAAGUGAAUUUACAAUAUUUAAAUGUUACAACUGCGGGCCGAUACUGCUGUUUAAGCGGAUGGGCAUCGAGCCCCGCUAUCGUUUCACUCUGUGUCCGUUGCCGUCUGUGCCAUGUUGACGCGACAAUACAGUAGCGUAUGUGCGUCUUGUGCCGAUUAAGCUAAAAAAAAGAAAGCCUACACAACACAAAUUAAUAGCAACAAAACAACAGAACCACAGUACAAAAGCAAAAGGAGAAAGCUUUGCUCACGCGAGAGGAAUACGAAAAAAGUAACUGUGUGCACACAUUUACAAAUUAAUAAUUAACUUGUGAAUUCCCCUAUUCAAACGAAUCACUCUUUAAACAAUAUGUAAUAACAAUAGUGACGUUAUUAAUUUAUACACAAAGAAAAAAAUAAGUAGAGGUCAUAGAGUAAAAAAUGUAAAACAAUAGAAAGCGAAAAUUAAUGCAGCACUACAAGAAUUGUAAAAAUAAUUAAUAUGUUAAUUCUAAAUCCUACUACCUUUAACCUUCUGCUUUAUGGCUGUAUAUUUUAAAUUUCCAAAAAGUGAUUUCAUGCGUUUAUUGUGAUUGGCGCGAAAGAAUCAUUUGAUAUUCAAAAACGCACAAAGUGAAAAGAGUCAUAAAUUAGAAAACAUAAUCACAAAUUGAAACGAAACAAAAUAAGCAAAUACCCUAUUUGUUUAGCGUCAAUUUACGCAAAAUAUUUUUCCAGUUUUAUUAAAAUUAAAUCUGCCAGCUGAGAUAGACUCUGUCGCAAUGUCUGCCGAUAUACAGAUAGUCAGCGUGAUUGGAGCCAACGGUCAGCCGCUGCCCAUUCAAGGCAACAGUAUCGGUUCGAAUUGGAGUGCACCUGUGAAGCAGGAGCGCGCCGAUGAAGCUGAAAUUCAAGAGUUGGCUGCUAAAAUGGUGGAAACACAAAAGGCAGCAUUGGCUAAACAGCAGCAACAGGCUGCGCAACUGGCUACGCGACAACAACAACAAUUGGGCGGCAUGCAACCGGGCGUUCUUAACAAUACCAACCAACCAAAUAUUAUGAAUUAUUUAACACGUCAAAAGAACCUGCCGAACGGUACCAAUGCCAAUGCCAGCAAUGGCAGUGGACGCAAUGGUUCACAACAAAAUGGUAACGCUAACAAUGGUGAUGUUAGCAGUGAGAAGAAAGCACCAUGUGAUGAAGAGUCACAGAAGGGUCAUUUUGGUUGGACUACAUUUGGCAAAACAUACAUUCCCUAUAUUUAUCGACAGCAGGAGAAGUACUGUUCGGUACGCAUGAUUGAAAUGAAAUUAUUGGGCAAAUAUCUAAAUUGCUUGCAUCCGGAUAUUUACUCGAGUUGCACAUGUGUGCGCAGCUAUUACAUUACAGAGGCGGAGGCGAGACUACUAAUUGAAAUCAAUAUAAAACACUGUGAUGGUGAAUUUGGACGAGACAUAUUCACUCAAAAGGAUUUGGUGGUGCGGCUUUCAGAUGCAACCAAGUUUUAUCAGUUCCUAGACAUAUGCUAUCGCAAACUCAUGUCUGGUAGCAAGUCACCUUCGGAGAAGUGCGGUUUUAUACGCAUAAAUAAGGAGUCGGUAGUACCGUAUACGGUGCGCAACAACGAGCAAGUGGUGCCGCUUUUCUAUUUCGAAGGCGAAACAGAGAAUCUCAAACAGAAAGCCGACUAUCUGUCUGGAUGGGAUCUGGCAUAUUUAAAGUUUUGUUGCAAAGUUCAGGGCAUACGCAAUGAAUUGUUCUCCAGUGAAAAUGUUGCAGUCAUAUCACUCACAGACAUAAAAAGCUAUUUUCCCAAUGGCACCGAGUUUGAGGACUAUUGGCCCAGCAAAGUUGUUGACUCAAAUCUGCUGAUUGGCAAUCGGUCAAAUGCUAAUAAUUCUGUUAAUUGGACCCGCCAACCAUCGCAGCCACCUCCGAAAGUGAUGUCUCAAUCCAGUUUGUUACAAAAACAAACUGCUGCUGCAGCGGUUGCGGCACAGCAACAGAUGCUGAAACGUGGCGCCAAUGCUUAUGCAUCACAAUCGCCAGCAGCGGCGGCGGCGGCUGCUGCAGCCGCGGCCAUUCAACAACAACAGCAACAACAAUCCAACCAACGGUUGCAUCAGACAAACGCCACAUUAGCGUCUGUGCAGGCUUUAACAAACAGUUGGAUGCAGCAACAACCGUUAAUACAUGCGCAAAUGUUGGCAUCACAGGCGCAACAGUCCCACCCAAAUUCACGUGCUGCUCAGUAUCAACGCAGCCCUAUGGAGAAUAUCCUGCUGGGAAACCGGCCAGCCUAUGCUGCCUACAACAAUCAAGCGAUUUCUAUGCAACCCGUGAAUAGUCACAAUCAAGCGAAUGCACCGCCACCUUUGGUGCGUUCAGGCGCAGGUCAAAGCGCCAACCAUAUGUCAAAUGUCGAGCAAACUAUGCUGCAACAACAAACACAACAGCAACAACGACAUUCUUCCUCUUCCGCCUCCCCGCAUGCGUCUGCCACUCAUAUCCAAAGCCCCUCACACCCUCUUUCGCAGUUGCACUCUACCUCCGCUGCUGCGUCCAGUGCUGCCAAUUUGUACAAUUUUAAUUUGCCCUCCACUGCUGCUGAUUUAGCCUUUUGGAAUCAGUUGACUCCAUCACAACGUCUGUUGCUUACACAGCAAAUCAAAAGUAAUGGCACAGUGGCGGGUACUGCAGCUGCCUCAAGCGCUGAGCGUUCGAAUAACAGCGGUAUUAAUAUUAGUAAACCCCCUGCGUUUCCGAUCUUUCCCUCGCUACCAUUGGAUACUGAUCUUAAAACUAUGCUGGAUUACAAUCCACACAAGCAUAGUAGCAAGAGCAGUACGUCCUCGAGUAGUUCGGCCAAUGGACAGUUUAUGAAACCAACGGUACCGCCUUUGAUACCGGUGAGCAGCUCAGCGGAUGUUUUAAACAAACGCAGUGCCACGGGUACAAAUACCAGCUCUUUGCGUCAUGCAAGUGCGUCGUCUACGUCCGCUUGUGCGACAGUACCGUUAAAUUCAACAGCAUCAUUAGAGGAUUUUGAAAAAAAAUUCAAAAUGACGGACGAAAUGAAAGCUGUGGUACAGAAGGUACUUUCUAACCCCGACUUGUCCACGUUCAUACAGACGAAUUCGUCACAGAAUUUUGUUCCUUUUAUGUCGCCACCCAUAUCGCCGGCGCCGUCGCUGUCCAUUGUGCCCAAUCCAAACGUAACCAUUACGCCUCAUAUACCCUCCCAAUAUGCACAUUCACCGCACGCAUCCUCUGCUGGCAGUGGUUGUGGACGUCAGAAAAGCGUCAUUUGUUCGACGAGUGCAGCGCUGACCGUGCCCCCCUCACCUUCCACGUCAAAUUCCACUUCCACACCUUCACCAUCGCCAACGCGAUUGCACGGCUCGUCCGGCGGUUCAGGCAGUGGUGCAAGUAAGAGUGGCGGCCAUUACUCCUCCCAACACUAUAAUAGCCAUCAACACCACCACUCCUCCCACCAUCACCACAGUCAAAAUCAUCACCAGAAUACGCCACCAAUGGAAGUAAUUGAUUUAUCUUCCCCCCGAAGGUCCGUUCAAGCUGCCUCCGCUUAUCUACAACAGCAGCAAGAAGUGCAUCAAGCAGCAGUUGCCGCAGUACAACAGCAACAUCGCUUAGCUGCCGCUGCUCAACACCAUGCGCAACAAAAUGGUCGCGCGACAGGUGGCUCUUCGGCGAAUGCGAACUCGGCGAGCAUGCAUUUGCAACGCCAUGCUGCGAUGGCCGCAGCUGCCGCCGCUAAUAAUGCGCAAAGACUGUCAAUCAUACCCGAAAUGCAGCAGUACGAGCGCGCAGCCAGCAACAUGGGAAAUCAACCAUAUAAAGUACAGAAGGUUUACGUGGACAAUCGGCUGGUACCUUGCAUCAAUAUGAAGGCGUACAAUGACUCCGAUCAGCUGAUGACGCUAACUGAUUUUCAGAAGAAUUUCUUCCCGCACGAAUCCUUGGAGAACUGUAAGGUGCUGUUCGAGACAUUAGGUGUAGAGCUGUACAAGGGCAAUCGGCGACAACUUCAAGUACUAAUGGAAAAUGACCGCUCACAUAAUGAAAAUAUACCGUUGGUUCAAGUUCGUGAUGUCAUGAAAUAUAUGAAGCAGUUAUUGUUUAUGACUCGAAACCAAGAUCAGCCGCAUUCUAAGCGGACACGCAUAAGCUAGGAAAUGGGUUGGGGAGCACAACA